UAUUUAUUAAGUAAUAAAUGAUGUAUUAGGAUAUUUAAUUAAAAUUUGAAAAUGUAUAAUUUAAAUUUAUUUGAAACUUUUAAUAGUGAAAGCUGCUGUUCUUGUUUAACGUAUGCUUAAGCUAAAAUUAAACCUAGAAAGGUUUACAAUUGGAAAUUAACCAAGAAAUGCCACAGCGUACCCUGUAAAUCAGUUAUCCCCAGCAAGCUGGAGGGCGUUUGUCUACAUAACCUAUCAGAUUCGAUUGGAUAAACAAACCAAACAAGCAAACAAAACAACAGCCUUCAAGCAACACAAGCAGACGACGCCGACAAUAAAAACAAAACUUCUCAAUUAUUUCAAACUACAUCUACAUAUAUACAUUUCGCCAAGAUGCCAGUGGUGUUGCCAUGUCGUUCACGGGCCGACAGUAAACUUCAUGCGAAUUGUUAUGAUCGACUAAGGAAACGGAUUUAUUUGGAAACGCCACCAUUGUCAACCAUUGAGGAGGAGAUAAAGUGUGGAGUUCGCCGAGAUAGACCCGUAAAGCCCAAGGAGCAGAGGCGACCAUUGCCGCCGGGCACACGGCCACCCAAUCCUUUGGUCAUUCCAGGAAAAAACGCCAAACGACCGGUGGUGGGUGGUGGAAAAGCGCCACCACGUGCCCGCGAAUACGAUGGGGCAAAGGCCACAUUCUUUCACAUCAAGGGACAAUCGUGGGAAUCCAAGGGUUAUGCGGAACUCUCUCAGAGCGAAUUGGAUCGCAUGAGGGCAUCGAGACCGAAGACCACCGAGGAACGGCGAGCGGAACAGGAUCGUCGGAUGGAGGAGCAGCAGUACCAUACCGCCGAAGCGGAACGUAUGCGCAAUUAUUUCCAUGACAUCGAUGAACAGCGCAGGGAAAUGGAACGUGAAACGGAGAAAAAAAACGCUGACGAGGCCGAAGAAGAUGUGAAUGAAGAGCGAAGAGCCGAGGCCAAGAGAUUACAGGUCCUCCAUCGCGCAUUGGAAGCCAAACAUGAAUCAGACGCGCGUGUAAAAGCAGCCACUCGUGCAAUUUCCGAGGCCAAAUGCAGUGCCAUGUGGACGGCACAGAUUCGGGAGAGAAAACUCCUUGAUCGCAUCCAACUCGAUCACGAUGAGGAGAUGGCGCGCAAGAAUCGGGAAUACAAUAAUGCCAAGUGGGGCACUGUGGAGCAACAUGAUCAGGCCGAAGAGGAGCGACGCAGGCAGUUUGGAAAUGCUGUUCGCGAACAAAUCAGCGAUCGUGAAAAGUUGAGAUACAUGGCCCAAGAUCGCCUGCGCAUGGAAGCUCAGGACUUGCGUGCCAUUGUGGAUGAGUACAAAAAGGCCGAAAUGGCUGAAGGUGAAUCUCGGUCUCGUCGCAAGUUGGCCUACAGGGAUGAGCUGAAUAAGUACACCAAAUUGCAUCGCAAUUUUGUGCGCAUGAUGUGUGAACAGGAUCAAAGGGAUGAAAACAGGGCCUACGAGUAUCUAAAACUGAAGGAACAGCAACUAAAAGUGCAACGUGCUGAACGCGAGGCCAUUGCAGAGGAUGAAAAGCGCAAACGGGAUGUACUAUUUGCAGUGGGUCAGAAGAUUCUCGACGCGAAGGACAAUCGCGAGGAGAUGCACUUCCUUGCCGAACACGAACGUUUGGAAAGAAAAUACAGGGAAAACGAAAGAAAAGCAGCCGAGAAAGAGCGAGCAAUGACCGCUGAUCUCAAGCGUGCCAAUAUGGAACAAAUGGAGCAUCUUAGUAAAAUGAAGGCUUGCUACUAUGUGCAACGUGAAAGGGAACUCAAGGAGAUGAUCCAGUAUCGGCAGAAACACGAGGAGCAAAUGAAACGCGAGGCCGAUGAGCUGGCCAUCAAGAAGGCCUGUCUUCGCACCAGUGUAUCCUGUCAAAUUGAGGAGCGCGAAAAGGCUCGUCGCAGGGAACUGGAGGAAGAACAUUUGGCCAUCGAAAGGGAAAGGGCGGCUGAAGCUCAGCGACAAAAGGAAAUCGAUACGGUGAUUACCGUCAAAUUAGAUGAUCUACAAAGACGUGGAUGUCUGCCCAAUGUGGCUGUUCGAUCGCUAAAAGGUCGUGUCGCCAAUGCCGGCAACAGAAAGAAGCUGGGCCUUGAAUUAAGUUAGUUUUUCUUUUCAAUUUAAUGCCUCAGAAAAAAAAAAAAAAUAGCACACUGAUAUAGCACACACACACACACUGCUCACGUUGACAAUGGCAUAGAUGGCUUUUCGAGCUUGGCGGUAUUAAAACUUGCAGCAUACUAAA